AUGCCUGAUGAUAUACAGCCGGGCGGUGACGAUAGUAACGACGGAGACAAUGAAGAAGGAGACAACGAAGAGGACGAACAUAAUCAUAUUCCUGAUCCAUUUAUCCAACAACUCAACAACCAACAGCCGAUGCCAAACUACGAGGAAGAGUAUGAGCCUGAUCAACCUCAGGAUCACGAAGGAAUGGACGAGAAUGCUGAUGAGGGGAAUAGUGACUCCCCUGACAUUGCCAUGACACCGUUGGAGUUGAUGCAGCGCUGUGAAACCGAGGCUCAAGCUCAACGGAAGAGGCGAUUUAUGAAUGCGUUAGUUGUGGAUCUCAUCCGCGAUGAAGAGGAGCGCCUCCAGGCAUCACCAACAGUCCACGGAGAGCAUUUCGCAACUCAGGCGGCGGAGGCACUAGAGGUUCUCACUCCACCAAGGGAGAAUCCAUUAGACGAGGGAGGUAAUCUUCAGGAAUAUGGAAGUUUCUUGGAAUUUGAUGUUCUUGAAGCUUUGCAGUCGGAACCAAGUAAGAAGAAGGCGAGGCUGAGUGGUGAUAAGGAGGCGGCAAGCAGUUCAUACCAUCUGGGGAACAAUGACGAGCCAAACGCACUUGGGAAACUGCAAGCUGAUUACACAGAUUCGGGUGCGGAUUCUCCGGACACGACUCCACAAGACAGAGGCGCGGUGGGCCCGGUACCACCACCAGUUCCAUGA